AUGCUCUCUCAGGAGGAGGCACGCUCCCAGCAUCCAAUACUAAUGACAGCUAGAUUGGGGCGGAAGGAUGGACGGAGACCUGCGCCGACGGCUCCUGGUCGAGCCAGGGCCGAAUUCUUCGGUGAAUCUGACUCGUUCCAACCGCAGAGUCUAUUGAGCCAUCAGGCGAUGCAGGGCAGGUUCUCGCUUCGAAAUAUUCUGAGCGUUGACCAUGGAGUGGAAAGUAGACCUUCAGUCUCCGAGUCGACCUCCCCAGAUGACCCGGUCGUUCUCGGUCUGAUAAACACGCAGGUUGCCUCAUGUUUGCUGGAAUAG